CACCAAGUCCACAUUUGGUUUCUACCACCAUCUCGAUGGCUUCGACACCUCCCCCUCAGCAUGAGUUUGAAAUUCCUCCAAUGCCACACCUUCCAACGCCUUCUGGGUCUCGUCACAGAGGUUCUUUUGGCUCCUCGUUCUCCUUUGGUCCACAGCCUUUAGUCGACUCGUACCUCGAAGCUAAUUCUAGUACUUACUCCAACAACCACUCUAUUGCACUAGAUCCUAACCGCUCUAUCCUUCAUGCUUCACCAUUGCGUUCGUCCCCGCGCCGAACCCGCAAGCCAAAAGACAGCAUAAAUCGCCCGCAUCCCUUGGCAAAUGACACAACCGGCAUUUUCCAGCACUCAGACGACGAUGCAGACGACGAAGAAGAGUAUGAAUGGGGAAUGGUUGACAGAAUGAGAUUGUGGAGACACGACGCGUUGAUGCAGCAUUUAUACGAAACAGCCGCCUUCUGGGGCGACAAGAUCGUUAGCUGGACAAAUGACCCGAACGACGCGUUCUGGCUCGCGCAGACGUAUUUUAUGCAACAUCAAUAUUCGCGUGCUGAGCGAUUGCUUACGCGUCCAUUCCCGACCCUUGCCCCGAAACAUCCCUCCACCCCACCUCUGAACCUCACAAAUGGAGACGUUUCAACUGCUGUAGCGAAAGGAAAGGGCAAAGAACGCGACACUCUGCCACUUGCUAUACCUAUACCGCGUUUGCCGUUGGACCCGGCUGGAAUGUUCGAAGGAACUCAGGACCCACACGAAAUCAUCUCCAGGCUGGUCGAUAUGAGUGUUGCAUGUCGCUAUCUUGCCGCUCAGUGUCAGGUCCGUCAAGGCAAUUGGUCGGAUGCAACGGAAAUGCUAGGUGAGGCAAAUCCUUUCCGUGACUUGGAACAAGAUAGGGCAGCUGUUCCUGAUAUCGAUGGAGGAAUCAAGAUUGAAGCAUCGAUGUGCCAUCUUCGAGGUCUUCUCAUGCUGAAGCUCAAUCGUGGUGAUCAGGCCAAGAAUUGUUUCAUGGAGGCGCUUGCUCUCGAUGUCAAGUGUUAUGAUGCUUUCGAACAGCUGGUCAGCGGGGAAAUGAUGACACCGGAGGAAGAAUGGGAAUUUGUGCAAGGGCUUGCGUAUGCAUCGCAAACACCGCAGGACGCCGCGUUCAUUCAACUUAUAUACACAACACGACUCCGUAAAUACAAGCACGCAGAAGAACAUGCCCUCACACGGCAACGAUUAGUCGAAGAAUACGGACUGGGUGAUAAUCCCGAUGUCUUGUUUAGUUUUGCGGAUGCACUGUAUGCAAACUUCCGCUGGUCGGAUUGUUUUGUGAUUACUACGCGAAUACUUGGCCUGGUGGCAAUUCAUAAUGCAACGACACCAUUGCACAUUGCUUGCAUGUAUCACUUGAAGCAUCUUCACUCCAAGCUGUUCAUCCUCGCUCACGAAAUGGUCGAUCGCGAACCAGAAAAUCCCAUAAGCUGGUACGCUGUCGGUGUAUGGUACCUCAGUAGCGGAAAAUGGGCGCAAGCUCGCCAAUAUUUCAGCAAAACAUCCCUCAUGGAUCCACGCUUUGGUCCUGCAUGGAUAGCUUUUGCCCAUACCUUCGCCAUGGAAGGCGAGCAUGACCAUGCUGUAACUGCGUAUUCAACUUGCGCAAGGAUGUUCACUGGUUCCCAUCUGCCUUUGAUGUUCGUGGGCAUGGAGCAGAUCACUCUGUCAAACCAUGAACAAGCAGACGAAGCACUCAAUGCCUCGUAUUCAAUGUGCGACGGCGAUCCAUUAUUAAUGAACGAGCGAGGAGUCAUGGCUUACAAUCGUGGAGAUUACAUGGAAGCUGCUAACCUCUUUCAACGUGCGCUCGAUUUGGCCGAAGUCACGCAAAGUUCUCAACAAUCAUGGACGACCACUUUCGUCAAUUUGGGAACAUGCCAUCGAAAACUCAAACAAUAUGAACAGGCGAAAGAGGCCUAUCAAAAGGUAUUAAUUCUCGACCCUCGACAUUCUCUCGCGUUAGGAUUUUUGGGGUUAGUCCAUCACCUUACGAACGAUCUCGACCACGCGAUAGUGAAAUAUCACGAAGCUCUGUCGGUCGAUCCGACCAACGGCUACGUCCUUGAAUUACUCAAUAUGGCCCUAGAGUCGGCAGCAAACUAUGGACUACAUGAAUAUCGUCCAAUUAUUGGCCCCGAGCAAUUCAAGAUACAGGCAGCUAGAAUCAACGCAGCUACGCGAGGAGUUCCAAAAGGCUCACUCAGUGCUCCUCCUGAAUCAAUGAAUGUAGAGUAGCACAUUCUUGUUUAUUCCCUACAUUCGUGGACAGUUUAUGUAUGCAUACUUAGUGGAACUGAUACUGAAAAUUUGAAUCAGAGAAUUGGAGAUCAUA